AUGUCUGUUGAAAUACCCGAUAUCGUCAAGCCACUAGUGUCUCAGCGUGGUCUGGAGACCCUGAUUAAGGUCAAGACGUUUGUUGAGGAAGAAUGUAUUCCUGCUGAUAAGCUAUACCAUGCACAGAUCCGUAACGGUGACGAGCGAUGGAAGUCAGUUCCUCCUGUGAUUGAGGAGCUUAAGGCUAAAGCUAAAGCCCGUGGACUGUGGAACUUGUUUUUGCCCUCGUACUAUUCCGAGGGUGCCGGGUUCACGAACCUGGAGUAUGGGCUCAUGUGCGAGCAAAUGGGCCGAUCCCAUACUGCACCGGAGGCAAUGAACUGUGCAGCCCCGGAUACUGGCAAUAUGGAAGUGUUUGCAAGAUAUGCAAAUGAGGCGCAGAAGAAGGAAUGGUUAGAGCCGUUGCUGGAGGGCAAGAUCAGAUCUGCAUUUUGCAUGACUGAAAGAUUUGUUGCUAGUUCUGAUGCUCGCAAUAUUCAGCUUAAAAUCACAGUGGAUGAGGAGCGCGAUGAGUACGUGUUGAAUGGAACCAAGUGGUGGGCUUCUGGUGCAGGCGACCCUAGAUGCAAGGUGUGGCUGGUCAUGGGCAAGAUUGUGGAUAAGCAGGGCAAUGUUUCGACCAACGACGUGUACCGCCAACAGUCAGUCAUUAUUGUUCCUUCUAAUACUCCUGGGUCAGUUGUUGUGAGACCUAUGCGUGUUUACGGUUAUGAUGAUGCACCCCAUGGCCAUUGCGAAAUUCAAUUUACCAACUGCCGAGUUCCACGCAGCAAUAUUGUGCUUGGAGAAGGCCGUGGGUUUGAGAUUAUCCAGGGCCGAUUGGGACCUGGCCGUAUCCACCACUGCAUGCGAACAAUUGGAGUUGCGGAGCAAGCAUUGAGAUGGAUGAUUUACCGUGCUGCUGAUGAGUCGAAGCGCACAUUUGGAAAGUUGUUGCGCGAGCAUGGUACCAUGAAUGCCAACAUUGCUAAGUCUCGUAUUGAAAUUGAUGCUGCCCGAUUGCUUGUUCUUGCAGCAGCACACAAGAUGGAUGUACAAGGGCCUAAGGCUGCUCUUGUAGACAUUGCCAAGGCCAAGGUCACGGCUCCCACGGUUGCAUUGACGGUGGUUGAUCGUGCAGUGCAAUCGUUUGGAGCCAUGGGUGUUUCACAGGACACCCCAUUGGCAUACAUGUGGGCUGGGAACAGAACUCUGAGAAUUGCUGAUGGUCCAGAUGAGGUCCAUACUGACCAAUUGGGACGCCGUGAGUUGCAGCGCGUUAAGGCCAUUCAGACUGAGUUUGCCAAACGCGAGGCCAAGGAGGCCGAGUUUAUGGCCAAGUUGUGA